AUGGCCUCAAGCUCGGAGACACCCGUAUCGCCCAUCGCCACACGAACCCCAGAUCUGACCUUCACCAUUCCCGCCAUCAACGCCCAGCCCGUCGAACUGGACAGCACGCCCACCUCUCCCGAAAAGACUCGUCGACUGGCGGCCGCAGCCUCAGGCCAGGCUGAUGCAUCGCCGAGUAGUUUGGUGGAUCGAGAACACUUGAAACAGGUCGUGGAGAAACGUAAAGCAGACCCGGCCGUCCUUCAGGAUAUCCCGCAACUCCCUGGGCCUCAUGAGCUGGAGAAGGUCGAAGCAAGUCAUCCUCCAGCGACGGGCUAG